AUGUCUUACGCUGGCAAAGUCGUUGUCAUCACUGGAGGAUCAAAAGGCAUUGGGSGAGCCACUGCUGAACAAUUUAUCGCUCUUGGUGCCAAAGUGGCAAUUAAUUAUUCAUCCGACUCAAAGGCCGCAGUUGAAGUUCUCAGAUUAGGCGCUGACAAUGCUCUGAUCAUCAAAGCUGAUGCAGGAUCCUUCAGUGGUAUUCAGACUAUCGUUGACCAGACAGUUGCCAAAUUUGGCAAAAUCGAUGUUCUGAUCCCAAAUGCUGCAGCUGUUGAAACCGCCAAUCUCCAGACAAUGACUGAGAAGCUUUUUGAUACUCAUUUUACUCUUAAUGUUAAGGGGCCUCUGUUUCUGGCAAAAGCUGCAGUACCAUACAUGCCUCGAGGGUCACAUAUCGUAUUCGUUAGCACGACACUAUGUCACUCGAAUACAGUCAAGCCGGAGCACCUACUCUAUGUCCCUACCAAAGGUGCAAUUGAACAAAUCACGCGUGUAUUAGCCAGGGAUCUUGCACCAAAUGGGAUAAUUGUUAAUUGUGUUGCUCCUGGCCCGGUGGCGACAGAGCUAUUUUUGAAGGGAAAAUCGGAAGCGCUUGUUGAUGAGAUUUCGAAAGGAUCCCCAUUUGCUGACACUAUGGCCACGGACGGGCUGUCUACACGUAUGGCGACUACGGUCAAGGUGUUCUUGCCAGUCGCCAAUGCCCUCUCUGCUCGAGGAAAGAUCGGCUCUGACGAUAUUGAUCUUGCCAAUGGCGAGAACAACCUCAUGAAGCUGGAAAUGGUUGACAUGUGCAAGAAGGCCAUGAGCGACAGCAUCACUGCAAAUGCAUUUGCCAAUCCUGUAGGCUUCGUUGGUGAUAUGCCAAUGAAAGAGGCGCUGGCGCAGUAUUUUACAAAUUAUUUCCAUCCCGCCGAGUCGGUAACGGCCGACAAUAUUGUGCCAACGGCUGGAUCGGGCAACGCGCUGGAUGCGCUCAUAUUUACAUUGUGGGGAUACUAUCCGUACGCCCGGUUCCAUGCCGAAGCUCACAUCAUCCCAGCUUUUGUCAAGCCCUCGUCCUCACUGUCUUGGGCAACGGAGAGUCUCUCAUCUGCCAUCAUCCCGGCAAUGGAAGCAGCAUACAGCGCCGCUCCAGACCCCAAACGCAUCAAGGCCGUACUUGCCUCAAACCCAAAUAAUCCUAUGAUGAAUUGCUGGCCCAAAGAUGUCGUCAGACAAAUGAUGGACUUUUGCCAUGAGCGAAAUAUACACUAUAUCUCGGAUGAAGUUUUUGCAAAUACCGUUUUCGAUACAGAGGCUGAUCAAUUUGCGUCAGCUCUGUCACUUUUGAAGAGUCCAAAUUCCGACAAAGAUGGUGUUGAGAUGAAGAGUCUGAUUGAUCGGGGUCUGGUACAUGUCUUGUGGAGCACUUCUAAGGAUUUUGGAGCCUCUGGUGUCCGGGCGGGUUGCGUCGUCUCCUAUCAUCCCUUAGUCCGUGCAGGGGUUUCUUUUGCAACUGCGUGGCAAGUCUCUUCACUAGCCGCACACUUUACGGAAAAGCUCCUGACUUCGGACUCGCUUCCCGAUCUCAUCUCUUCUGUCCGGUUUCAACUUGCCCAAGGCUUUCAAAUCUGCCGUGAAAUUCUUUCCACCCUCGAACUUUCUGGUAGAAUUGAGCUAUUACAUGCCAGCGCUGGACUAUGGGCUAACGCUUUGGUAACACUUAAAAAAGAUGAGGUAUUGCAGGACAUCAUCCUCAAGGCCAGACAGAACGGCGUCAUUGUUGGCGAGGCCACCGAAUUCGCUCCUUUCUUGCAGAAAGAACAAGGGGUAUUCAAGAUUACCUUUGCUAUGCCGCGGAAUGUGCUUCUUCAAGGGCUGGAGAGGCUGAAGGCAAGUUUGCUGUAA